GUAAUAACUUCCAGUCGUCUGGAAACCGCCAAACCGAUUUGACAUUUGGCAUCCCCGCCAUUUUUUACGUCAAACUAAAAAAUCGGAUACACGACCCGAAUAAAAUAAUUAAUUGAUUGAUUGGUUGCAAGUGACUUUUUAAAACUGUGUCUUUAGUUUUAUUUUGGACUUUAAAAAAUAUUUUGGACUAUAAAUAUGGAGUCAGUAAAUACAGCAAAAGUUAUAGUGACAGUAUUUUUUUUGUGUUUGUUCGUUGAAAGUAAUGCGAAGUUGAAUGAGAAUAAGACAGAUUUUGCAGCUGAACUUAAAACUCCGAGGAAGCUCAACGAUGGAGCGGCCAUGGUGUUCGCUGAUGAACUGAAACAAACGCUUGACAGAUACCUCUUCGGGAUAUGCCCACAAAGCUUUAAGUCUCGUUGGUUCCAGCUGCCGCUGAAGGGCAAGAACAUGACGACGGUGACCUGCGACCUGGAUGCUGAUCAGCAUGACUUGGCUGGCAGACUGGCAACACUAGCUCUGCGCGCGCACAGUGCGGCGCGGUCGGACUGCGCUCGGCUCGGCGCCGCGCUCGCCAACACGCUCGGCGAUCUAGCGCGCACCGCCGCUAAUCGACAGCUGUUGGCUGCAGCUGCGAGUAACGAGCAAAAGAAGAGGAAACUCUCAAAAAGCCAGAAAAUGAAGAUCCAAGCGAAACAGAGGACAGCCCUCGCCGUCAAGAAGAAGGCUGCUGCGGCCGCCGCUGCCGCUGCAGCUAAGAUGUCCGCCUAAUAAUAUAGGAGCACUGAAUGUUUUAUGCAGUUGACAGCUGUCAGUUUGCAAGGGAUAUUACACUACAAGAUUCUUGGAUAUUUUUAUACUAAUUGACAACAAGAAAUAAUCAACUGCAACAGAAAACGGUCAGACAGUUAUUUAACCCGAGGAAUUGAGGACCGCUUCCUUUUUGGGAAGUCGAUCAAAAAUGGACCUGCAUGGCUUUUUAAGUUUAUUGAUACUUUUUUUUAACUGUUUAUGACUCACCAUAAAAAAGUUUUUAUUGAAAACGGCACGGCAUUUAUCGUGACGUAUGUAUGUAUAAAAAAAAACUAAACCAAACGAAUAUUUGAGUGAGUCUUUUGAUAAGAUUUUUAUAGAUAACUAAGAAAAGAAAGGGGUUUAUGCGUACCUAUUGGAUACUCUCUGGAAGUGGGACUUGGAUGGAUUCCAGAAAUUCUUUCACUAAUAGAAAGCUCUGUUAUGUAUGUAUGUAUAUUUAUUAAUACAGUUAUAAAAACUAUUUUUUAUUUGCGUACAAUACUGACAAUGUCAUUAGUUAGCAUGUAAUAAAAUUAUUAUUUUCUAUAUGAAAACCUACUUGAAUGUUUUCUAUAUUAUUCUGUUCUUCCCAGUUCAUGAAAAAUGUUGUGGUAUUUUUCAAUGGCGUUUAUUUUAUACAUAUUUAUAUUUUUCAAGCAUUUCCGAGAAAAAGAUAGGAAUUUUGAUGUUUAAUAAUCUAUGAUAGACGAAAUGUAAUUUUUCAUAUUGUUUAUUUUCUCAAGUUUUUAAACAAAAACAGAGCUUAUAAAAUUGUCUUUUUUUCGUUUACUCUUACACUGGGUUACACCAUUUAAGUACAACGAUAGCCGAACCAUUUUCAGUUGUCAAAUCACCGAUUUGAACAAAUGGCUUGGUAAGGUUUGUGUAUAUGUUACAUUGGAUUCUAUUAUUGUUGAUUGAAAAAAGAAUCCUGUAUCAUAAGCUGUUCUUCAAAUAUCAGAAUUUUAUUAACUUUAUGUUUAGUUAUGUAUUCAAGUCUCUGUAAAUAAUCCAAGAAUAAUAAUAAAUGAGUCUGUCUCCAAGAAUAACUAUUAUAUAAUAUUAUGUGAAUAGGCAUUAAAUGUGAAGUUCCUUGUAUAUUUUUUAAAUUAAACUAUGUUAAAUAAUUAUGAUUAUGCAAAUACUACCUACAUACGAGGAUGCUUGUGCACUAUAAUACCUACAUACGAGGUAUACGAGGUCUCCUUAUACGAGAUCAGCCACCGUGGCCGAUCAAUUCUGUUGAUUAUUUUUAAUCCACGCACUUGUAAAUGAGACGUUAAUAUUGCACGCUUUAAAUGAGAUUAUAACGUUUAUUUUAACUUUUAGGUUAAUUUAUAUUAUUAUUUAAGUUAUUAUAGGUAAGAAAAUAAUGUAUUAUGUA